AUGUGGAAGAUUUAUUAUAUACUAAUAAAAUAUAGAAAUAUCAAGAGUAUUAAACUUAAAGGCUUAAAUUUUAUAGGAAAUAUUUAACUAAAAAAGAAUUUAGGUCUAGUGCUAUCAUAAUUAGCUUAGGUAAAGUAAUCAUAACAAACUGUUCUAAGAUAUAGGCAUCCAAUAUUUUCUCUUAAAUUGGAGAGAAUGAUUGAGCCAUAUCAAUAUAUUCAAAAAAUAGUCUUUUAGAACUUAAAUUUCAAAAUAUAACCUUGA